AGAAGCAAACGGUGCGGCAGCGUUCACGCCAGUCGCGAGUCACCACACCAACCUGUAUCUCGUGUCCCUGAGCCGCCCAUCAGUUCGUCGGCCCUCAUGGGCGGCGAGGUGUAGAGGCGGGGGCGCAGAGGAGCAUCCAGGGCUCCCGUCAGUUUCCCAGUGGUUACCGUGUUCGCGUCCGGCCGCCUGUCUUGUCUCAUCCGCCGCCGGGCACUCCCCGGUGCCCUCCGACGCGUUCUCUUCUCCUGUUCAUCCCUGCCCUGCCUUACUGCCUUCACCGCUGUCUUUCCUUUCUUGUCCCGUUCACCCCGCUCUCUCUCUCUCUCUCUCUCUCUCUCUCUCUCUCUCUCUGGCGGCGAGCCGGCGACGACUGGGCGAGCGCCGCCGCCGCCCUACGCCAGGUGCCCAGGUCUUCGUCGGGCUCUUCACCGGCGACGAGCACACACCAGCUCCUCACACCCGAAUCCUGGAAACACACGCGCAGCACAGCAGCCGCAGCGGACGAGCUCGUCUUCCCCAACCCCCGCAACGGCUCCGACGAGGACGGCUCGGCGGUGGUGGCGGGCGCGGGGGCGGCGACGGCAAAGGCCGCGGUAACGCCGCCGGCCGGGGCGGCGGUGGAUGUCCGGUGGGCGGAAAUUAUCUGGAGUACGGGGCUGUUUGGUUGCCGGCCACGGUCUGCCACGCCUAAGGCUCCUAGGACGAGGUCUUUUUAUGUUAUAAGCUGCAAUGAAGGAUUCUCAGGAUAUUCAGAGCACGACAGAGUUGCAGUCAUCAAAACAAGGUACUAAUGAAGUGCAGAGUCAGCAACCAAAUCCAAUGGCCACUGAUGCUCCUGCAGGAGAUUCUGGUUCCCUGUCAGUAGCUAGUAAUGACAAUAAGAAGGUCUCUCGUGAAGACAUUGAACUUGUACAGAAUUUGAUAGAGCGCUGUCUACAGCUAUACAUGAACAAAGGAGAAGUUGUUAGAACUCUUUCUACUCGCGCAAGAAUAGAACCUGGCUUCACUACCUUAGUAUGGCAGAAACUCGAAGAAGAGAACUCUGAGUUCUUUAGGGCUUACUAUAUACGGUUGAAAUUGAAAAGGCAGAUCAUCUUGUUCAAUCAUUUAUUGCAACACCAGUACAAUUUAAUGAAAUAUCCCGCACCUCCAAGUGUUCCAUUGGCUCCAAUACAAAAUGGGAUUCAUCAUAUGCCAGUUAGCAAUCUACCAAUGGGGUAUCCAGUACUUCAACAGCCUAUGAUGCCUGCUCCAGGCCAGCCUCACAUAGAUCCAAUGGCCUGUGGUCUGUCCAGUGGUCAUGUAGUGAAUGGAAUCCCUGCGCCAGGUGGUUAUCAUCCAAUUCGCAUGAACUCUGGAAAUGACAUGGCUGUGGACAAUGGUGUGGCGGAAGCACCACAUGCUGGUGUUACUGGCAGUGCUAUGUCAUCUGAGAUGGCUGUGAGUCCCUCAUCAGUGGCUUCAAGCAACCAUGCUCCUUUUACACCAUCGGAGAUACCAGGGAUGAACAUGGAUGUAUCAGCCCUAGAUUCGACAUUUGGAUCUGAUGUAGGAAAUGCCGGACCUCUGCAAUUAGGACCAGAUGGGUCGUCAAGAGACUCCAUCAAAUCCUUAGGGCAGCUCUGGAAUUUCAGCCUUUCCGAUCUAACAGCAGAUUUGACAAGCUUGGGAGAUUUGGAAGCGCUGGAGAACUACGCCGGUACCCCUUUCCUGCCUUUGGAUUCUGACAUCUUACUUGAUUCCCCUGAUCAGGAUGACAUAGUUGAGUAUUUUGCUGACGCCAUCAACGGAUCUCAAUCAGAUGAAGAGAAACCAUAACGAAGCUAGUUUCAUAUCAAUAGCCCCGUUCAGGUUCAGGAAGGACUGCUUGCCAUCUCUCAUGUAGUGUAAGUUUGCUGCGAUGCCGCGGCAAAUCUAACUGUGUAUCCUCCCCCCACAGGUGGGGUAUCUGCCACUAGAUAAUUUUGUAGUGGUUAUUAAAAUCCUAAUUCUUUCGAAUAAACAGUUGGUUGGUGUAGCCUUAGUCAGAUAAAAGUCGCUGGCUGCGAAUGGUGGGAUGGAAAGUUUACAGUUUGUGACUGUCAAACCUUACCUCAGGAACUCUUCUUAUUUGCUACAGAAGUAAACAGUACCCUUC